UUGACACUUUGACAUUUACCACUUUGGAAUUUCCAAUUCGAUUUUGCGAGCAUUUUUUACUCAAAUUUUUGAGGCUUAAUUUUGGCUUCACUUUUCUUAUCUUUUAUCUCGAGAUCUCGGGUGAUUUAUGCCGGUUUUUUUCGCGUUUUUUUCGUUUUUUCUCAUUUUUUUUAAUUUUCAUCUGUUUUUUAUUUGUUUUAUUCGUUAUUUAUUCGUUUUCCCCUGCUGCGCACGCUUAAAUUUAAAAAAAAUAAAAAUUUUCUAAUUUUCUGAAAAAUUUUAAUUUUCAUAAAUUUAAAGGUGCAAGCCUCCAGUCAACGUGCAGAACGCUUGGCCUGGUUAAAAUUUUGCCUGUUGCUGCUCUACAUGGCCUGAUGGUGCUCUACAUGGCCUGAAGAUGGUGGGUGCUCUACAUGGAGCUGCCGAUGAUUCGGUGUUGUGUCUACGUGCCCUCAACAUCCGUGCUCUUCAACAUGCUCUUCUUGGUCGCGCUCUUCAACAUGCUCUUCAUGGUGGCUGGCCUUAUGGUUUUCUGGCCAGGUAAAAAAUUUUUUGAUUAAAAAAUCAAAAAUUUGCAAAAAAUGCGCACGCGGGCCUUAUUUCCUCUUUCUUGUUGUCCUUUGUCUUUGUUUUCAUUGUUUGUUCAAUUUUUAAAAAUUUUGUUUUCAUCAAAAAAAGGUAAAUGGACUGGAUGGUGGUGGAGUGGAUGUGGAGUUGUGGUGGUGGAUGGAAUUGGUAAUGGAAAAAUUUUCAGGUUUUUUGUAUAGGUUUCUGAUUUUUAAGGGCAAUUUUUGUUGUGAAAAAAUCUUAUGCUAGAGGGGUCAUGCCACUUUUUUUCUUAAAAUUUAAAUUUGGCAUUCUGUUUACGAAAAAUGACAAUUUGUCCCAAAAUAGAAAGACUACAGCUAGAGAGAAAAAGUAAUUCUUUUCGUAGGGUCAUUUGAGUAUGAACAUGAGAGUUAAUUUUUAUGAAAAUUUUUUUUAUUUUUGUGACUAUCAAAUGAACCUUGAAUUGUUCUUUGUUCUUUUAAGGUUCUUUAUCGAUUUCCCAGUCCUUUUUGUGUAUUAAUGUUUUGCUCUUUGCACUUUUUGCAACUCUUUUUUGUUUACUAUCAGAGACAUCCAUUAAAAAAAUUAAUAGUUCUCUGUUGCA